AUGUCCCGCCACUACCGCCUGGCGUCUUCGCCUAUCCAUACCCUUACGGGUACCCUGCCCCGCAUGGUUCGCCCAAGAGUCACUCGACUCGGACGUCGUCCACCACGCAUCGUCGUUCGGGAGGUCACCGAGAUGAGUAUCGUCACCAUCGACGGCGAGCGACAGACCCGCGUUACCCAGGUGGCUACGCGCCGCCUGCUGCCCCGGGAAUGUUCCAACCCUCGCCGUCUGGUGUGUAUCAGCCAACGCCGCCGACACCGUUGUACGUGCUGCAGUCGACGGGCGGGUCCCAGGGUGCGAUGA